UAAUUUAAACACAAAAAAAAUCUCCGGCCAAACAAAUAAAGGGGGAGAAGCUGACAAGUGCAUUAGGCAAUAUAAUUCAGCUGGGCUCCACCCCCCAGCCAUGGUAAUUAAUGGAGCUACCAACUUGCAAACGCCUGCAUUAGACAGGGGAGAGUCAAGAGCGAGAGAGAGAGAGAUGCCAUUGAAGAUAAUUGAUUACAUCCCAAUCAACAAUAACUUGUCAAUGUAUCAGUCGCUGGAGGAUUUUCUUUUACCUUCUCCCUGGCCAAAGGAUGAAUUUAGCUGGGAGUAGGCUGAAUUCUGUUUGAAGGGAAGGAGCCUGAGAUUGCACAAGAAACAUCCAGCAAACAACGAUCCCGGACAAUCAGUGGCAGAAGGGGGGAAAAAAAGUCCACUUCUGGGUGGUGGAAUUCUUGACUAUUCUCCCUCCCCCCACCUUCUUCUAAAAUCAUUUUAACCUUGCAGAUUGUGUCUGGUCCGCCUUUAAGAAGGCAGUAGAAAGAGAAAGACCUUCUUGGAGCAGUGGGAGAACUUUUUAAAUUUUUUUUUUUUUGGAGGAGCCCUCACCCAGGUAGAAAGAAAAUCCCACCAUGUCUUCCAAAGAAGAAAGAAGGAAUGUCUUGGACCUUUUACCACCUCCUGCUAAUUCUAAUAAGCCCCUGACUCCUUUCAGCAUCGAGGAUAUCCUAAACAAGCCCUCAGUCAGGAGAAGUUACACCAUACGUGGGACAGCUCACCUAUUAAGCAGUGCAGAGAAGCCCCCUGCUGCAGGACUGCCCCUGUCCAGCAGAACCCUUCUCUCCCAAACCUCCCCUCUCUGUGCCCUGGAGGAGCUGGCCAGCAAGACCUUUAAGGGUCUUGAAGUGAGUGUCCUGCAAGCAGCAGAAGGUCGAGACGGGAUGACAAUUUUUGGCCAAAGACAGACCCCUAAAAAGAGGAGAAAAUCCAGAACAGCCUUCACGAACCACCAGAUUUAUGAGCUGGAGAAACGAUUUUUGUAUCAGAAAUAUUUAUCUCCGGCCGACCGCGAUCAAAUAGCUCAGCAGUUGGGACUGACCAAUGCCCAGGUGAUCACCUGGUUCCAGAAUCGCAGGGCUAAACUGAAGAGGGAUCUGGAGGAGAUGAAAGCAGAUGUUGAAUCGUCCAAAAAGACGAGCCCUUCAGCUGUGGAAGCAGUGCUCACCAUCUCCGAGUUGGAGGAACCCGAGUCCGAGCGAGACAACAGUCGCUCUAGGUCGCCAAAACUUGGACUAAUGAUGCCCCUCUCCCCUUCCUCUCCACUCACAGAACAGCACACGAGCAAAGAGUGUUCGGAGGAUGAGGAGGAUGUGGAAAUCGAUGUAGACUGACUUAUUUUUUUACUAGUUUUAUAAUACAGACUGAGGACUGAUAGAGCAUGGACAUUAUUUAUAUGCUGGACUUCUUUCAUUUUUUUUUUUUUUGGUCCUUCUGUUUUUUCUUUUCUAAAAAACAGAAACUAUCCUAUUGACACCUAAGGCAGUUUAUUUUCAAUUAAAGCAAUAAGAAAUAGAAGGAAAGACUAAAAUUAACCCACGGCUGCCCAGUCAGGUAGAAUUUGUUUGUUUAUUUUUUUUUUUCGUUUGUUUUUGUUGAUUUUGUUUUGGAAUGGUGCAAUUAUGUAUGGCUUCUGUAAAAAAAAAAACAAAUAUUUAAACAUAUUUUUUUAGGCUUUGAUUCUCUAUCUAUUAUGUAUCAUUUACAGGUCGCAUAGAUUUGGAUAAACCCUCUUUUUAAUCAGUACAAUAAUUUCCAGUGUGUCAAAUGAAUUUCUUUCAUUUCUUUGCAUGUCUCUCACAUUCAUUUACCUUUUUAUAUCUUUUACUUUUAAAUAUAAGACCAUUAUAUUUUAAUUAAUUUCUGGGCACAUAAAUAUCAGCUGGGAAAAAAAUUAUAUUUAUAUACGUUUCAUUCUCUGCUUCCUACACCCCCCUUUUUAUUAAAACAUUUUUUUUUAAAAAAGCCAUCAUUGAUAUUUUGAUAUGAAAGGGGUUGGAACAUAUAAUUAUUUUUUACUGUUUCUAGAAUUUUUUGCAUGAUGCCAGAAAUACAAAAAAAAAAAAUUGGACUUUUAAAGAUAUCACCAGACAUAUUUGUUAGAAGUGUAAAAAUAAAAUAAAAUAUGAAAGGCCUGCUAUUUAAGUUUUAAACACCAGAAUCAGUAUUGGUUUGUUUGAUUUUACAAUUGUACAGAGAUUCUUUUCUUUUUUUUUCAAAAGACAGUAAAAUAAAUAACAUUUUAAUACAACUGCAA